UCCGUGCGCAAAGUGAGAAAGGAGGUCGUGCGUCAUGCGCCAUGGGGCGGGCGUAAAAGACACUCAUAUAGUGGACCGUUCUCAGAGAGUUUUUGAGCUUGGAGAAAGUUUGACCAAGAGAGAAAUGGCGAAGAGAACGACGAAGACAAACUUUUCACUCGAAGAAGUUGUGGAACAAUGCACUCGGCGUGACAGUGAUGAGUCGGAAGAUGACAUUACUGACGAAGAGAGCACGUCUCAUCUGUUGACUCCAUAGCGGAGGAUCUGUUUUUGGACGGGGAGGACGUCACUCUCGACAAACAAUCACCUGACACUGAAUCAGAUGAAGACUGGGGAGCCAGUGGAGAGACACAAGAGAUGUGUUUAUGUUCAACAAUCCACACAGCCCAUACUGGGGAUACCAUUCAGAGGAGAGUCAAAGAUGAGGAUGGGCACUGGGUGUUGUGGGACAUCUCUGUUCCACCAGCAGUGAAAGAGUACAACCGGUGCAUGGGUGGAGUGGACCUCUCUGAUGCCCUGAUCAGCUAUUACAAAGUCAUCCACAAUACCCAGAAGUGGUACUUCAUGGACAUUGCCAUUGUGAAUGCCUUCCUUCUUUACAAGGUUAUCACUAAAGGUAAAGGACAGGUACCAAUGCACCAGAAGGCAUUCAGAGAGACUCUUGUUGAAGAGCUGUCAGCGGUAGCAGCAGUUGACAGACCUGCUCCAUCGCCCACUCCACACAGAGCACAUCACAAGCCUGUACAUAUAAGUGGAGACAGAACCACAGGUCGUCUGAGGUGCAGACAUUGCCAUGCAAAGACACCUGUGAAUUGCUCUUCUUGUGAUGUGCCUUUGUGCUUUUUGCCAAGUCGUGAUUGUUAUAAUGAGUGGCAUGUUGCCAAUAACCUGUAACUUUAUUUUUUUGUA